AACAAAGCGAAAAGGGAUUGCGAAAACCAAGCAAAAUUCCAAAAGGAAGCCUUAUUAUUCGAAAAAGUAAUAAAAAACUAAAAACAAAACCAUACUAUAGCUUACAGAGUAGAUUCAAUUCAAUUUAACACCAUGGGAGCCUGUCUAUCCUGCUGCGGCCAAAGCGCCGAGGAAACCAACCUGAUGCCAUCGCCUGAGGAGCGCCGCCAGCAGCAGUUGGAUGCGGCGGAAAAGCGUCGCCAGGAGAACGAACAUCGGGGCAUCAAGAAUCCGGACAGCGUACGCCGACAGCAACAAAGAGCGGAGGAAAUGCAGCGCAGGGAGGAGGAGGCCGCCCGUCAGGGUCAAGGACAAUCCAAUCUUAGGUGGCAAACUAGCUAAAAGGAAGUAAACGCCAAUCGCAGUGUGGCUUAUAAAGCACAUCUACAUUUGUCCCCACAUCUUUGCUGCCUUUUGUGCAGAGUUUUUGUACUACUCCGUAUUUGUAUUGUAUACACCUGUUUUUUCCGAUCUACAUAUUUCACGAAUCUUGAGAACCGAACACCUUGGAUUGAACACCAUACGAACUUUUAGCUGGCGACCAAAAUGUACAACCAAAAAUAAAAUUCAAACCAAAUUGUUAUCAGUGAUCGUAAAAAUACAAAUGAUAAGUUGAAUACUUCAUAGAAGGAUUGGAUCGACAAGGUCAAAAUUAUUAUCUAUAUUGCCUAUUGGUUCACAUUGUCAUUCCUGUUUUAAUAAAUUAACCAUUUUGUUGUA